GCAAAUUUAGAAAAAAUUUGACACAAUAAAAAGUCGUGAUAACUGCUGAUCAGAGCGAAAUCUCAGGCUUCUUGCAAAACAAAGAUAAUCGGUAUAAUAUAGAUCUCAAACAAAGAUUUGUCUGAGGUUAAACCAAGUUUAUUUUAUUAAUCAAAAUGAAUCUAGUGUGUUCAAGUUAAAUAUCGUUAGUGGAGUGGUAUUCUCUUCGAUGAGACAUCACGUGAAUGAUAACCAACAUAUCACUUCUAAUAAUUGAUAAUAGUCAUAAAAUAAUUCAAGUAUUUUAAUUUUGCUUUUCAUCUUAUUUUUUAAAUUAUUAAUACUCUAUUUUUAUAUAUUAACAUACAUAAAACAAUAAUGAAUACCUUUUGUUUGAAGAGUUUUAUCAAUAUUUAUUGUUAACUUAAUGAUUGUAAUUAUGACACCGACAAACGCUUUUCUAAGAUUAUAAAUGCAGAUUAUUUCUCAGUUAGAAUUCUUAUAAUUGAAAUUAACUAACUAGUUGAAAAGUUCACCAGCAAAAUGAAAUUUGCUGAACAUUUGUCUGCCCAUAUUACUCCAGAAUGGAGAAAACAAUAUAUUAGCUAUGAGGAAAUGAAAGCAAUGCUUUAUGCAGCUGUCGAAGAAGCUCCUUCCUCUGAAAGUGUCGAACCAGAAGUAAUUACAAGACACUUUGCAUCGUUUGACGAAGUAUUUUUCACUUUCUGUGAUCGUGAAUUAAAAAAAAUCAAUACAUUUUAUUCUGAAAAGUUAGCAGAAGCAACAAGAAAAUAUGCUGCUCUUCAAAGUGAACUCAGAAGAGCAUUGGACCUUCAACGAGGAAGUGGAAAAAAUAAAGGAAAAAUGUCAAGCACGAAAGCACAACUUUCUACUAGAAAAAUUCGAGAGUUGAAGCUUGCUUUUUCAGAAUAUUAUUUAUCAUUAAUUUUACUCCAAAAUUAUCAGAAUUUAAACUAUACAGGUUUUCGAAAAAUACUUAAAAAACACGAUAAGCUUUUGUCAGUGGAUUCGGGAUCAAAAUGGAGGGUGGAGUGUGUAGAAACAUCUCAUUUUUAUACCUCAAAGGAUAUUGAUAAAUUAAUUCAAGAAACGGAAGCGGCUGUUACAAAUGAAUUGGAAGGAGGAGACAGACAACGUGCCAUGAAAAGAUUAAGGGUACCUCCACUUGGAGAACAUCAAAGUCCUUGGACUACUUUCAAAGUUGGUCUUUUUUCUGGAAGUUUUAUUGUUCUAUUUGUUGCUGUAGUACUUUCUGCUGUUUUUCACGAUGGCAGAGAGAAUUUGAAGAUAGCAUUUCGUCUGUAUCGGGGUCCAUUACUUAUCGUCCAAUUUUUAUUCUUAAUGGGAGUCAAUGUUUACGGUUGGAGAUCAUCUGGUGUCAAUCAUGUUUUAAUAUUUGAACUGGAUCCAAGAAAUCAUUUGUCAGAGCAACAUCUUAUGGAAUUAGCUGCCGUUUUGGGAGUCGUUUGGACUUUAAGUUUACUCAGUUUUCUAUAUAGUGCAAGUCUCAGUAUUCCUCCAUUUGUAAAUCCACUUGUACUUGUUUGUAUUAUGCUUGGAUUUUUAUUUAAUCCUUUUAAAAUAUUUAGACACGAAGCAAGAUUUUGGUUAUUACGAAUCAUAUGGCGAAUGAUAAUUGCUCCAUUCGCAUUUGUCAAUUUUGCUGAUUUCUGGCUUGCGGAUCAAUUGAACAGUCUCGUGACACCUUUAUUAGAUUUCCAGUUUUUAAUUUGUUUUUAUAUUACUAAUGGAAAUUGGCUUCAGGCCGGAGAUACAACUCAAUGCAUGUCGAAAUCAUUCAUAGUUCGACCAAUAGUUAAUUGCCUCCCAGCAUGGUUUCGAUUUGCUCAAUGCUUACGGCGAUAUCGAGAUUCUAAAGAAGCUUUUCCCCAUCUUGUAAAUGCUGGGAAAUAUGCUACGACAUUUUUAGUUGUUAUUGCUGCUACUUUAAGACAAUAUCAUGGAGAAAAAUAUCUCAAUAGAUGGGAAAGUCCUUGGUUAUGGUUUUGGCUGAUAAGCUGUCUAAUUAAUUCAAUUUACUCAUAUACUUGGGACAUAAAAAUGGAUUGGGGAUUAUUAGAUAGUAAUGCUGGAGAAAAUAGAUUUUUACGUGAAGAAGUUGUUUAUUCUGCUGCAGGAUUUUAUUAUUUUGCUAUAAUUGAAGAUUUUAUUUUGAGAUUUAUAUGGAUUGCAAGUUAUAUUUUAAUAGAAUAUCAAUAUGUCUCGACUGAUUUGAUGACAUCAAUAGUUGCUCCACUUGAAGUAUUCAGGAGAUUUAUAUGGAAUUUCUUUCGAUUGGAAAACGAACAUCUGAAUAAUUGUGGUAAAUUCCGUGCCGUACGUGACAUUUCAAUUGCUCCGAUAGAAAGUUCAGACCAAAUGCAAAUUUUACGCAUGAUGGAUGAUGAAAAUGGUGUAAUCAAUCGAGGUAAACGUAAAACUGGUGGAAAAAAACAAAGCACUGCUAAAGAAGAUAAACGUGCACUACUUAAAGAAGAAACAGUUGACAUUGACAUUUCAAACAAUAGCUGAAACAAUACUAAAAAAUGUUAUAUAAAAUUGGAAGAAAUGUGAGACACAGUGUAAAUUUUGUAGAGAUUUAUUUAAUUUUAAAACUAUAGAAAAAAGAUAUUUUUAUCAUAAUUUUAUUCAGAAUUUAGGAAAUGUACUUAUGGCAUUUGUAAAAUAUUUCUUACUUCAAGACUAAACUCGUUGCCAUCGAGUGCCUUUUUAUGUCACUCACUAUUAAAAACUAGAUUAAAAGAUUUUUAUCGUGAGGAUGGUAGAUUAUUAAUGAAAAAAAUUAAUUUAACAAUGUGCUUCCACAUUGAAAAGAGGAUUUUUUUAUACAAAUUUUUACGAAUGUUAAUUUUUUUUAAGAUGCAACUAUUUUACUAUUAAUUAUUGUUGUAAAUUUAUUCUAUCAAGUAAAAUUUAUUUAUCUAAAUUUAAAGAACAGAGCUGUUUGUUAUAAGAAAAUUCUUUUCUCAAUACAAUGCUACUCCGAAAUAUUUUCACGCACUCUAGUUUUCAUACGAUAUAAAUUUAUUGAAAAAACUUUGUUGAUGUUUUGCUUUGAAAUUAACGAUAGAUACUUAAUAUAGGAUAUUUACUCUUUCAUUCCAACCAUGCUUUAAACGUUAGUAACAAAAAAGAUGUAGUCAUAUUAAAUAAAUUAAAGCAAUAUCAAUAAUUAAAAAAAUAUGUAUGUAAUAAAUUAUCAGCGGAUAUUAUUGAAUCAGUCACUCAAUAUAUUUUACAAAAAUUUUUAAAAA